CUCCAUUACCCGGAAGUGUUUCGAUAACAGCAACCUUCAUUUGUAUGGGCUUUCUCCACUCUUCUACGACAGUGAAGUUAUGAAGUUUGCUAACUAGCUGAAAGCGAAUGCAACGUUACGUCAAUCGAGUCUGCGUGAAACACCUGUACAAGGUAAACAUGUUCACUCCGUUUUGCUAGAAAACAAGCGUUGAAUGUACUAAAGGGAAAUGCUGCAUUUCGCCUCACACAGAAAGAUGUGCCCCUGAUUGUGCUUCUAGCAACUAUCAGCUCAUGUCCAGUGCUGGAGGAAGUAAUCAGAUCCGCGUAGACGGUAUCGGUAUCAGUACACACUAAAGGCAUGGCUGAAGAUCCGCAGAGAAAUUUUCGCUCUUCAUAUUAUGAGAAGGUGGGCUUCAGAGGAGUGGAGGAGAAGAAAUCCCUGGAAAUACUGCUCAAGGAAAAUCCUCUGGAUUUAGAGAAGCUGAGCACCUUCAGCCAGAGGUUCCCCCUCCCCUCUAUGUACAGGAUCCAUGUGUGGAAGGUGUUGUUGGGAAUCCUACCUCCCCACAGUGACUCUCACGCUUUGGUGGGAGGCUACAGGAAAGAGCAGUACAAUGACAUCCUGGAAGCUCUGCACGUGAUGAGAUACGUCAACUGUUCCACUCCUUUCACCGACGUCUGCCUGCGCAUGUUCCAGCUGGAGAGCCAGGUGCUUCCACGGUGCUCUGAGACCACAGGCCCGGACGAAGAGAACGAGGACUUCCUCUCCAUCGCUCGAUCCAUGGAGGAGAUCGUAGAUGAUCCUAUUGACUGCUAUUGGCUGAUCAAGUGUUUUGUCCAUCAGUUCCACGCAAAGUUUGGAGACUCAAUACCUCACCUUCCGAAGAGCCUGGAGCAUUAUCUGAGUCAGGAGGAGCCUCGGCUGCUGCGGCAUCUGAAGAACACCGACGCCUUGGCUCAGCUGCCGUACGGCCUGUGGUUCAGACGCUGCUUCGCUGGUUGCCUGCCCGAGUCCAGCCUCUGCAGGGUGUGGGACAAGGUCAUCAGUGGGUCCUGUAAAGUCCUGGUGUUUGUGGCCUUGGAGAUUCUGCUGAGCUACAACAACGUGUUGCUGGGAAUCAGCCGGCCUGAAGGCGUGGCCAAGCUCCUUUGCAACAUACCACAGGAGAACACGGAUGCCAUUGUGACUAAAGCUAUCGACUCGUGGCAUAAGUAUUGUGGCACUCCGAUGCAUGCUGUAUAGCCACAUGGAGCUCCGCACACGACGGAAGUCUUGUCCCCGAGGUGAGAGGCUUUCCCAUGAUGCAUCAGGACCGGCUGUCACAGUGUGGAUGAGUCCCUGCAGGACGGACAAGAAGACUCGUCACGGGCUACUUUCAAUAAGAAGAGAACUACGCUUUCCCCAAAGAAUAUGAUGAACCACACGUGGAAACGACUGAACACUGAAACCGCUGCUUUGCAGAAACGCUGUUGGGACAAAGGCACAGAAGCAUUAACUUGUUAUUAUCUUUAUGAGUUUCUUUCUUCAAGAAACUUGCAUCAUAGAAGUCUCACAAUAACGUAAUACCCACAUGCAGUUUUUCUGCUUUACAAAAAACAUUUUGAAAAGUCUUGCUUACUUUCUUUGCUAUGUACAAGUAUUAGAAUUCUGAGAGCAUUUCUUUCAAAACAUUUUUAAACAUUCAAGAGACAGUAAUAAUACCGACGCUUGUACAUACAAACGCUUAAUCAGAAACACGGUCACAACAGAUCAACCAGCUGUCCCAAUAGUAUGCUCAGAUGUAUGUACCGAACAAGGACUGCAAAGAAUAAAUAAAGUGAAGGGGCAGGAAUUUUCCUCUCAACAGCACCAACAAAAUAAAAAAAAUGGAAACCAAA